AUUAUGCAGACUGCCGUGCGUGGAAGAUGUAACACUUGUAGAAGUCGCGAUAAUUCCAUAACUUUCGCAAAAUAAACUUCAAGUGACAGGAAUACGUGAUGUGGAAGCUAAGUCGAACAAAGUCGUGCGUAGUCAAAAUAUACUUUUCAUUCACAACGACAAGAAAUUAAAAUGGGAAGCGGUAUCUUAUCAUUGUUUCCCAGGAACAACAGGUAGGAAGCAUAAGCCACGAAAGAAUGACCAGAUAAGUCGGCCUAAUAACAGCAAUGUGUACCUGACAUAAAAAGGCCUAUGCUUUAUAUGGGCAGAAGCGCCCAUACAUUUCGUGGAUCUCAAAUGACAACAAAUUUGAUUUAAGUAACGUUCAACAAUUGCAGUGAACUCCCAGAUACAGAAAGAUGGAGCAUGCAGAUCUUGUUGCCGAAAUGGCUCAUGUGGAGCACUUGAGCACUCAAGAACGCCUCCAUCUGGCCCGUCGGCGUAGGCUACAACAGCUGAAACUAUGGAGCCAGCGAGAGAAAGAAUGGAUGAGGCACAGGGGAAACUCCAGAGAAAUCAGCAAGUCAUCAAAGCGGCAUAUAUAUUUUAGUGACAGUGUAAUGCUGCUAGAAGCAGCAGCCAGAAAUGAUAUAGAUGAAGUGAGAAGACUUUUAAUGAAAGGUGUUAGUCCUGACUCAACAAAUGAAGAUGGCCUUACUGCUUUGCAUCAGUGCUGCAUAGAUGACAAUGAGGAAAUGAUGAAACUGCUUAUAGAGUAUGGAGCAAAUGUGAAUGCAGAAGAUAGUGAAAAAUGGACUCCUCUUCAUGCCGCAGCUACUUGUGGCCACUUACAUCUUGUUAGAUAUCUCAUUAGUAGGGGUGCCAAUUUACUGGCUGUCAAUGCAGAUGGAAAUAUGCCAUAUGACAUUUGUGAAGAUGAAGCUGCACUGGACUAUAUAGAGAGUGAGAUGGCACGAAGAGGUGUUACGCAAGAACUUAUUGAUGAAACACGUGCUUCCACUGAAACUCAAAUGCUACAAGAUCUGCAGGAAGCUGUUGCCCUUGAUCUGGAUAUUGAAGCCGCUGAUCAGCAGGGAGCCACACCUCUACACAUUGCUGCGGCCAAUGGAUAUCUAAGAGUGGUGGAAUAUCUCCUAGAUCAACACGUUUCAACAGAAGUCAGAGACAAUGAUGGGUGGCAGCCUGUCCAUGCAGCAGCCUGCUGGGGUCAUCUGGAGGUUUUGGAAAUGCUGGUACAGAAUGGCGCUGAUCUGAAUGCGAAAACACACCAUGAUGAAACUCCUGCAGAUAUCUGUGAAGACCCAGAACUCCGAGAACGCAUCCUUCAGUUACGUACUGAACAAGAAACAAAACGAAUGCAAGAAGCAAAGAAGGGUCGUGUAAAACGUUCACAGUCAAAUACGCGUACACAGUCUGUGAGAAGAACAUCCAUCCGUGAUAAAGUUCUUACCACAAAGAAAGACGCUGUUGAAGAAGCUAGGUUGAGGUUGCAAGCCCGGGAAGUGUUUGCUCCUCAACCGGAUGAUGGGGACUCACGUGCAGCUUCUGACGUAUCAACAGAAAACUUUGUCAAUGGCAAUGUAGCACGCCCGGGACAAGAAGUUGUGCCAAAUGCUGCUCGACAUGCACCUGAUGGCAAGGAUGAUUCUAGUGGAAUGACUGCUGUUGUAGAAGCCCAAGAUGUGAAAGGUCCUCCAUCAGCUCUAGAAAUACCUGCAGAAACUAGUUAUGUGACUGAAGGAAAUGGUAAAAUAAACAUAAACGUCACAGUGACAAUCAAUGCAGGAACAUUGGCUGACUUAAAGAAACAACGAGCACAGAUUAGAAACAGCAGUCCAACAGAAGUGACUGGUGGUUCUGCACCACUGUUACUAUCUCCUGCAUCAGUGACAGGAUCUGACAUGCUACUGACUGACAGCUCUGCCUCACCACCUGUGAGGCGUUUCACUGGUAACACUAGUGAAAUUGUUGGUGAUCCACGUACCCGCCGUUGCUGCAUCAUCUCGUAAGGAAUGACCUUGUGCGUUUAGGCAGCAGAGAGAGAGAGAGAGAGAGAGAGAGAGAUUGUGAAAUUGUGAUUGCAUUGUGAUGCAGAAAUAUCUGAAUGUUGUGUUCAUAUGCAGCUGUAUUGAUGUAAUUCAAAACCAACAUCUAUUUUUUUAAAUGUUAUUUAUAUUACUGUUAUAAGAAAUUAUACACAAAAGUUGAAUACUUGUCAUGGUAUGAUGUUAAUCUAGCUGUUCCGUGUGUAUUUACUGUUGUUCUUGAACACAUUCAUGUUUACCUGUUUAAGGAAGUAAUUUUUACAUGGAAGAAGAAUGUGUUAUAAGAGGUUACUGAUUUUUGUACAUGUGAAAUAGGGAUGCAAGAACACAUGAUGUAUGUUCUUUAGGAAUUCACAUCUUUCAUUCACUUUAUGUCAUCUCAUCUCUUGAAACCCGUUUGCCCUUUCUCAGUAACAAAAUCAUGAUCGAGUAAAUGAUGACCAUUAAUUAAUUAAUUAGAACAUACAAGAGUGCAAAAUAUCUUAAGUGACUUUCAGCUAUACUUUUCAGAGUAGAAAUAACUGUAUGCAUUAGUAGGAGAAAAUUAUUUUUGAUCUUUGUAAACAGUAUGUUUAAGGUACCAAAAAUGAUGGAUGUAAUUAUCUGCAGAUAGAAAUAUUAAUUUUCAAGUUUUCCUGCAGAACCAGGCCUUGGACUCAGGGCCAUGUGCAAAUAUCUUAUUGGCAAUAUUUGUGUUAUUUAGUUUGUUGCCAUCAUCAAGUAGUACCGAGAUAACAAGAAAGUGCCCCAUAUAUUCACAGUGUAGUUAGCCCCUCCCUUGUACUGCGUUUGAUAAUCUGUACAAUUCUUGUUGUCUGCAAAUACACCUCUUAUGGUCCAUUAACAUAUUUUUUUAAUGUAUACCUCAAGUCGUUCUACAUUCCUGAAGGUUUUCCUUCUUGAUUAGAUGGACAGAACAUGACGAAUGAAUGAAUGAAUGAAUGAAUGAAUCAAUCAAUCAAUCAAUCAAUCAAUCAAUCAAUGGUGUGCACUGUUUGUUUCCUACCUUCUCAUCCAGGUCUUCAGUAAACAUUUCACUCCUAUAGCUGGUGGUAAGAUUCCAGGCAUUCAUUUUUCAGUCUGAUUUAGAUAUCUUCUUGUUUCUAUAUGAAGACUGCUCGCACUGCAAAUGUAGGGAGUGUAGGUAGUAUAACGGCAGUCUGUGCAUAGUCUAGUCUGAUUCAAAGUGCCAGGAGUUGAGAAUGUUAAAAUUCUCAGUGUGCUCCUGAGUGUUGGAACUGGCAUUAAAUGCUUAUCCAUAUUGAUCUUAAUUUAUGCUUCUGUUGUUAUAAUUAAAACAGCUGGUCUCUUUUGCAUUGAUUGACUUAUUGUUCAACCUAAAACCUGCCACAACUGCUAUCCUACUGGGCUAUGUGUCUGCUGGCAGGUUGUACAGAGUUGGUGUCCAGCCGCUCUAUUAAGAAGCUUUUCUAUCAGUUUUUAUUCUAUGGUAUCCCUUAUUACAUUAUCUUAUAACUGUCAGAUGUGAGCCAAAAUUUGAGUCUCGUUAUAACUUGUCUCAUGUUCUGUCUCUGAUGACUGCUGCUAAUAGGAGAUUAAGACUAAUUUUCCUUCCUUCAUCUCAUGUUAUAGUUGAAGGCAGUGCUGUGCUACAGCCUAUUUGCUAGACACUAUGAGGCUCAUGUGUCUUUGUUGUCUUCUUCAUCACCUAGUUUUCUCUUUGACAUAGAUUAUGCCAAAUUCACAAAAAAAUUUAAUAAAUUCCAAUAUAACAACGAAAACAAUCAAUUAUUGUCAAAAUAAUUUAACUGGAUAGAUAAAAAAUCUACUCACCAAGCGGUGGCAGAACACACACAUAAGAAACAGUUGUGAUUGGAAGGCUUUUGGAGCUGGUGGCUCCGCCUUCAGGCAGAAGGGUUGAAGGGGAAGGAAGAGGGGAGAAGGAAAAGGACUGGAGAGGUCUAGGAAAAGGGGUAGAUUUUGGUAAAAGUCACCCAGAACCAUGGGUCAGGGGAGACGUACCACACAGAAUGAGAAGGAAGACUCACUUGGGUUUACAAAAAUCUGAAAUUUGUUGCCAUCCUUGUGAAUGUGGUAUGACCUCUCUAAGACAUACAGUUGGAAAUACUGAGAUCUUAUAUGCAGGAUGUCAAAGGGUCACAAUGAGGCUGGGAGUAAAUAUUGUGUUAGUGAACACACACACACACACACACACACACACACACACACACACACACACACACACACACACACACUUUAAUUAAUGACUUAUGUAGAUAGAGAACAAACAUACAACCGUGUUCAUUGCCUUAGCUAGAGAUGAUGAUGUACAUGAGAGGAAGGGAUUCUAAAUAUCUUAUCUUUUACAUUGAUUUAUUUCUGGCUUUUAAAUUCACAGUGAAAUAGCUGGAUAUCACACCAUUAAAUGACUUUUAACUUCAUGCCCAUAUAAUUCCAAAGUUUCUUAAGAUAAUUUCUAGGUGGCAAAAUAUUUUGAACAACUUACCGUAAUAGAAAUAUGCCUGCCUGUUUCCUCUAUUUAAAAUAAGGAAUUUUUCAGAGAAAAAUUUUUCUAUUUCUUUCUGCUUAAGUUAGUCAUUUUUUCUGCAAUCUUGUGGAAACUUUUGUCUUGGUAAUUUCAUGAUGGGGUGUAGUCGUUUUCAGUGCAUAGUCAUUAGACUAAGGAAAUAUAUUACUGGCAUGUGAAUUUUCACUUUGUGUACACUGUUGUGAAAACUAGAUCACAAUCAAGAUUUGAACAUUUUUCCUGUGUUGUGGGCCAUGAGAGAUGUCUAAAUAGCUCACUCAGUAAGAGCUGUGUCAAGGGCAAGAGGAACAGAUUAAAGUUAAAGUGCAGUACACAAUUUUAACCUAUCAGGAAUAAGUAUGACAGCAUUCCUUACUGUAGAAUGAAAGAUUUAGUUCUCAUAGACUGUUUUGUACAGGUGGUGUAGUGGUUUUCAGUGCAUAGGGGUUAAACUAAGGAUACUUGUUUUGUCACGUUUAAGUCAACAUCAUGAACAAUGCAGAUCAAAGCUGCAUUGUAGAGUAUGGUGUGUCAUAAGUACAUUAGGCUUAUAAAAAAUAAAAAUUUGAGUUCCAUACUCAGUCUGGCACACAAUUAUAAUCUGUCGCAAACUUUCAUAAAAAGAUCAGACAAUUUUUUACAUAAGAAAUUUCAUGGUUAAUUUCAAGGUAUUGGCAUUAAGCUGUUAGUGUUUUUAACAUUUUAAGCAGGUUCCAUUGCCUAUUUCUAGUACUAAUCUGAGAAAUGAAAUGAAUGUGAUAUCUAUCUUGGUGAGGGUACUUUAUAAUUUCGAGAUCUGUAACCACAGAGAAAAAUUUGCAAGACAGUCUUCAUAAACAGUUACAUGUUACUGCAGAAGUCUAACACAUGGUUGCAGAUAAGAUUUUUUUUCAAGCUGUGUUUCCUUGCACGGUUUUCGCUGAGCUACGCUCACAUUCCAUAGAACGUCAGAUGUUAAUAGAAAGAAGUUAUGAAGGAAGAAUAACAUAUUUUUGUAAUGCAUAAUAAGGUAUAACUGUUAUAUUAAUUAUAUCUAUCUGUCUAAUAUAUCACAUUUAUGCAAAGUUUUAACACAAUUUUUGGCACUAUGUUUUGUUCCUAGUAUGUUAAAUUCAAUCCAGUUUUAUUUGGAUAUAGAACCUUUAACUAUUAAAUUAUACAGACAUUUGGUAAUAUUAUUUACAGUCAAAAAAACUGGACAUAAAUAGCAACCUUUCUCUUUUAAUCAAAUUGAGCACAAAUGAAAGUGGUGCAGUGGUUAUAAGGCCCUGAUUCCCAUUCGGGAGAAGCAGAAAUCAGAUCACACAAAAUUUAGGUUUUCUUUGGUUUUUGUAAAUCAUGUAAGGUGAAGUCAAUUAUGGUUCUUUUGUAAAGGCCCUAGUUGAUUUCCUUCUUCAUUCUUGUCCAGUCAGACCUAAUGCUUCAUCUGUGACGACUGUCAUUGAUGGAUGUUGAUCCCUAAUCUUUCUUCCUCCCCCUGGAAAAGAACCACUCAGUUUCUCUAUUGCUACUCUAAACAGUUAUGUUCUCUUUCUGUAUUUAAUUGAAGCUAAACUGGUGUUAUAGUGAGGAGAUAAAGUAAUGGAACUUUUAAAUAAUGAGGUAGGAAGUUGUGGAGAUGCGUUGAAAUUUAUUUUCGGCAGUCCCUGGUAUGUAAAUUCUCUUUCAUUGGUUGUUUCAUCCGCCUAAGAGAAAUUUCUCAUUAGCUGACUUACGUUUCAUUAAGUACAGUACAUUAAAACCAAAUUCGUGACUUACGUAUCAUUAAGUACAGUAAGUACAUUAAAACCAAAUUCGUGUGUAUGCAUAUGUUCCGCUCCCAUAACUAAUAUCAUUGUUUUCAUGGGCAAGCACAGUUUAUCAUUAAAUCAUUAAUUACAAACAAAAUUCUUAAUAGUCAAAAUAAGAGCCCUUUGUUCGUUGUGUGUUGACAGACCUGCCUGUUCUUUCUUAUUUUUAAUCAUUUUGAGGUUUUUUGUUUAAAAUACAUGAGUCAUUCUCAGAAGUAUUAAUAACUAUGCAAUAACAUGUCUAUAAAUAUGCACAAAUGAGGCCUGUCUAAAAAGUAUCUGACCUUUGGCUAAAAAAAUAUUUCGAGAACAUGACGUGGUUGGGAUCCUAAUCGCCUUCAAAGUAGGCCCCUUGUGCUUGCACACACUUAGCUCAGCAAUCCUUCCACUGCCUGAUACACCUCUGGAAGUCUUCCUUUGGAAUGGUGUUCAGCUCUGUCGUCGUGUUCUGCAUUAUCUCUUCUCUGCUCUCAAAAUGGGAUCCUUUCAGUGGCGUCUUCAAUUUUGGAAACAACCAGAAGUUGCAAGGAGCCAUGUCUGAAGAGUAGGGAGAUUGGCAAAUUGCUGUAAUUCCAUGUUUGGCCAAGAAAUUUAGGAUCAAGUGGGAUGAAUGUGCGGGGGCGUUGUUUUGAUGCAGUUGCCAGUUUUUCACUGUCUACGUGUCUGAUCUUUUGUGCUGAACAGCGUCACGGAGUCGACAGAGAACAUCUUUAUAAUACUCAUUUGUCACUGUUUGUCCUUCCAGUGCAUAUUCGUAACGCACAAGUCCACGGACAUAAGAAGACAGUCAGCAUCACCUUGAUUUUGCUUCGCACCAGCCACCCUUUUUUCGGGCUUGGUGACUCGGGAUGCUUUCAUUGUGAUGACUAUCUUUCUGUUUCUGGGUAGUACCCGUACACCUAUGACUCAUCUCCAGUUAUCAGUGUUCAGAAACCAAGGAUCAGUGUUGGUGGUGCCCAGGAGGUCCUGUGCAGUGUCAAAACAGAGGUAUUUUUGUUCUGGCAACACCAACUUGGGCACAAAUUUCACAGCCAGUCGGAGCAAGUUCAAAUCGUCACAAAAAAUUGCAUAUGCAGAAUCUUUAUUCACUCCAACCUAUUGGGCAACCUCCCACACAGUCAAACAACGAUCUACCAUCACCAAAUUUUGCACUUCCUCAGCAACAGCUGCACUCCGAGCAGUUUGGGGCCUGCCAGAAUGCUGGUCACUUUCCGCUGACGUGCAGCAAUUUUUGAAUUGGUUGAACCACUCCUUAAUUUGUGUUACACCCAUCGCAUCUUCUCCAAACACCUGCUGAAUCUUACGAAUAGUUUUGCUUUGAGAAUCACCAAGCUUUUGACAAAAUUUGAUGCAGUAUCUUUGCUCAACACAUUCAGUCAUCUUGAGAGAAUCGGUAAUCUGACGAAUAUGUUGUGUAGCACCUCACUCAGCGACCGAUAGGCAGCGACUGAUGCACUGGAAGGCAAGGACAAAAUUCACGCAUUCGCAUAAAGGUAUCUUCUUUUACUGUGUACAGUGGUGCUGUGCUGUCGUCUAUUUUGCUUGGGAAAAUCGAAGGUCGGGUACUUUUUAGGCAUAGAUCGUAUUUUAUUGAGGGCAAAUGGAAGAAAAUUAUGGCAUAGAACUCACAGUUAUCAAUACUAUACACAAAUGUCAUCAUGUUAAUGAAAAGUUAAAAUAAUUAUCAGGUUGAUAAACAUGUUUCUUUGAAAUUUCAAAGUACUCCAUUAAUUUCUGUGAUUGGAGGAAUACAGAAAUAAGUAAGGCUAACUCAUUUUAUGACUCACAAGAGAAAUGUAUAGAUCUAGCUUGGGAGAGAAGAAUAUAAUGACAAAAUUGAAUCUUCUGAAAGGUUUAGACAGUUUGUGUGGAAGCAUGUAGUUUGUUAGAGACUCAGUGCUGUGUGACUUCUUUGCCUUAAUACCAGUUUGUAGUCUGAACUUCAAAAAGAUGUUUACCUCCUUGAAAACCACAAUAUUUGAUUGCUGUAACAUUGCAGAGCAAAUGCUUUUGAUGUGUCCAUGCUACAGUUCCGAGAGAAUUGUUUGUGACUUGGUCACAGUUGAAACGAAUGUAUAGCUUGUUAUAAAGUUGACUGUUUAUCUCUUAUAGUUUUGAGUGUUAGAUUCAUGGAACAGCUAGAUAAUAUUUUUAUACAAGAUUUUGUGUACUUAUUACUAUUGUUUUCUAAUUUGUACUAUUGGUUGUGGAUUGUACUUACUGUGACUGGAUAAAGUUGUGGCUAUUUUUACUUAUUUAUUUUUUAUAUUUUUCAAGGUCUGAAGGCCUAAGUAAAGAACUGAUGUUAACGGAGAUCUAUAUAGAAGAUGCAUAAAUGUUACAGGCCUAAUUUAAUUUUUUUUUAUUAUAUCAUACAUCAUAUGUAUAUCAUACGUAGUAAUUGACUCCUUUGAAUAGAAGCAACACAACAAAAAGGGAGAGGAGUGUGUGUGUGUGUGUGUGUGUGUGUGUGUGUGUGUGUGUGUGUGUGUGUGUGUGUGUGGUGUGUUGACACACUUUAAACUGAAGAUGAAAUAAUAUUUCAGGAAGACUGCAUGUGUGUUAAUUAUUUGCCUUUAUUUGUAUGGAAUGGGUUUCAUUUCUUCUAAUACAAAAUAACACUGUCCAAACUGUGAUUUUAUAUAAACAUUCCACUUAAAUGUUUUAUUUGUACUGCAUACAGUAUUAUUAAAGAAAAACAGUAUUUAAUGAUAAAUUAUGGCACAUACAGUGUAAGACCUGGGCAGUGAUUACAGAAAACAUGCAUUUUUAUUGAAUAAUUUAAAUAUCUUGUAUUAUACACUAACUUUUUUUUUCUUUUUUCCUCAUAUAAUUUAUGUUCUGCUGGCCACAGCUGUAUUUCACAGAACAUUGAUGCCUGGUCAAAAUUGGAACAUCAAACACAAAAUAUUUCGUUUUUGUGGCACAUUUAGCAAAUGUUGUAAGUGCUGUGGUUAAAUAAUGAAAUUAAUAUUAAACUAAGAAAGUUGGAUGUUUACACAUACAGAUUUACAUUUACAUUCUUUUCAUAGAUCUAUUGCCUGUUUGUACCUUUUUUAUUGUCUGUCUGCUUCAUGUUAGUCACCGAUCCCGUUAAGAAAGUAAACGCAGGCUUGAAAGCAAUGUACUCAUUGUUACUGUUGAUUUGGACAUGAUUGAUUUUUGAUUUUUCACUACACACAUGUGUAUGUCAUUUGGUUUUCUUGUUUGUAGUUGUUAUUUCACUUCACUGUUUUAGUUUAUAUUCUGCAGAUGAUGAUACCUGCAAAGGAAAAGCAGUGGUAGGAUUUGUAACAAAAAAGAAAAACUCAGAUCCUUCAGUCUAGACAUUUUAAAAAAUAUAUAUACAGUUCCUGUUCAAGACAUCGGAAAAAUAUUUUGGACACUUUCUUAAGAAUGUAUGACUCUCACAUUAAAAAAGUGCAAUUGGAAUAUAGGAGUUGCACUAGUGGUCUAUUACAGUGCAAACUUAAUGUAGUAUGUUUUUUCAAAAGAAAAGCUGCUCCCAAUCAGAGAUUUUUGUGUGAAGUAUUUCAAGAAAUUGUCCCAGUCUAAAUUGGCAUUUCUUAUUUGAUGAGCACUGCCCAAAACUAAGCUGAUAAGCCUCAGCACUAAUGCAACCUAUAUGUUUUCCUCCAGAAAGUGUCCCCAACUGCAUUGUAAACACUUGUAAUAGCACACUGACAAGUGUACAUUCCUUGUGCAGAUUCCAGACUUGUAAUACAAUAUUGAAUCCUCACCAUUCUCAUUCCAGAUGUUCAAAUACUGAUUUAUAUUCAGCCAUUACUGUCUUAUUUAAAUGUUACUGCUUUGUUGUUACUGUUGGAGCAUUUCAUAUGAGAUGCAGUCAGUACUUGUGGUAUCUUAACAUGUAAAGAUGAUCAGUCAAUGUAAUGUAUAAACCUUCUGUUGCACUUGUAAACUAAAUAUUUGAGGCAGAACAAGAGAAGCGAGCAGAUCAUGGAGGUUAGUUACAAAUUAGAUCUGAGAUGACAGCAUGUCUUUCAAUCUCUCUGGUCUAACCCUGUGGAAGGGUGUAGUGCCAUUACAUGGUAAGCAACCUGAUGACCCAUCUACAUGAAGGUCUGUCUUGGCAAGGUGACCUGCUUGCUGCAAGCCCAUCCUGGUCAAGAUUUUAAUAUGACCUAUCCACCUUAAUAGUGCACUUCCUCAGAGUCUUCAGCUGUCGACUGUUACGUCUAUCAUUAUUCUAUUGACUGUUCCCUUCUGGCGAUUGACCAAAAUAUUUCAGUUUGUUUUGGUUGACAAGGGUCAACAGUCUUGUUUUGAUGCUGAACUACCUCAGGAUCAAUUCAUUAAUACAAUGUGCUAUCAAUGUUAUUUGAAGUAAUCUUCUGUAGCACUACAUUUCCAGAGUAUCAGUCUUGCAGCAAUCUGCCAUCAUCAUCAUCCAAGUUUCUGCUGCAUUUGUCAUGAUCGAGAAGUUUAGCAUUCGGACAAGGGUGAGCUUUGUCUUGUCAGUGGUGGAGGUGAUAUAGAUGCAACCAAGUUUUUCUGUAGAGUUCCUUGCAGUCGAAAUGCACCUACUGAUCUCUGUCUCCAGUAACAGUGACACAGAUCCUAAAUAGCAUAACCAGUCAUAAUUGAAAUCUGAUUUAGAACUGGAGCGAAAUUUUCUAUUAUAGGAUCCAUUUACAUAACAUUAAAAGAUUGCCUUAUGGAAUAUUAUAGUGUGCAAAAAUGAUAGUCCAUUUUAGAAGUAACUUAUUACUUUUGAUAGUAAAAUAGUAUGCAGGAAAGGGGAUUUCAGAUCAUGGAAUACAUUUUGCAAACAAUAAAAAAGUGAUUGCAAGCAGCUAUUUCCUCUUAAUCUUGUGGAAAAGAGAACACUGCUGGUUCUAAAUAACAUUAUCCCAUUACAGAAAAAUGAGCUUGCAAAAUUUAUUUUUUCAGCAAAUAGUAAUACUGUUACUAGUUGUUAAGAGUUUAAAUUGCAAUGCAUCCCAAUUUUUUUAAAAAUAUUUUCUUAUAGAGUAGAGAAAGUGAAUAAUUGCUGUUAGAGGCCAACAGUGUUUGUGUUUAAGAUUUGUUGUAAUGUAAAAGUUUUCUAACAGAAAAUAAAUACAAGAAUAAGCUGCAUUUAGUAGAUAUGUAUUGAGUCACAGAUGACCAUAGAAAACUACCAAACCUGAAGAGACUGUCGUUGUGUAUUAAGAAUAAGUCUAGAAUACUGCUAAGAUGUUCCUUUAUAUGUGACAGAAGAGUUACUCAUAAAACAAGUUUACAGUACGAUAACAGAUUAGUUAUAUAAACUCAUGCAAUUUUUAAAAAUUACGGGACAGCAUAAUUUUCUGCUGUACGAUUUUAGUUCCGUAUUCUCUGUUUGCACUCACCAGUUCUAAAUUGUAACACAUUGGCUUAGAUUGCAGACACUGCUAUAUUUUUUGGAAGCCAGAAUAAAAAAAAAAAAUAUUUGUGACUUGGUAAUUGGAAGGCAUUUUCUUUAAAAUCAAAAACAAAAAUAAAAAAAACCACACACACACAUAGCAAAAUGAUACAGGAGCUCUGAUUUAAUAUUUUUGUAAAUGCUAAAUUUAAGUCUUCCUACUGGACAUAUCAUAUUGCAUUUUUUUAAUUUACGUGCAGUUAAGAUGUUUCCUGUGAGUGUUUAUUGAUGAAAAAAAAAAAAAAAAGCACAGUAACCUAAAAGAACCUUUCUGCAAGUAUGAUGAUACAGUACUAGGAUUAACUGAUUUGCUUCACAAGAUAAAUAUGCUGUUAUAUAGUAAAUAGUAUUGCAGAAUGAUGGAAAAGGAAAAUAGCAAAAAAUCCCUAAUAUGUGAUAAUACGGAGGAAAUGAAGCACAGCACACUGUGCAAGUGCAAUUGGCACAUUCCAAAACAUAUUUUCUUUGAUAAAACAUAAAAAUUCAAGUCUUAAAAAAAAAAAAAAGGUCUUGCAAACAAAGCUUCCUAACGAACAAAAUAAGGAGCACUAAGUAUUGUCAGCCACCAUAUAUUUUGAUUAUAGGUGGUGUUUACUAUACAGCCAAUCCAUUCCAAGGCUCUAAAUGUCAUCUGUGCCUUUAAUUUCAUUUCCUCUCUUCAUUUGAAAGAAUUGUAACAACCUUAAUAUUAUUGUCGUUUUUGUACAGUCACACAGGGAAUCUUUGUCUUGUAUUAAAUCUUAAAGUCUGAUUUGUCCUUAAUGAAAAUGCACAUGUGUAAUGUCACAACAAUGCCUGUCUAGGGCUGCAUUAAGUGGUUGUUACUAGCUGUAAUGUAAAGUAUAAGCCAAUUUGUGUCUAAAAUUUUCUAAAUUGAUUUAGUUACGGUACUUUUAUUUCUAUGUACUAAACAACAGUAUUUGCUUUGUACAGAUGCUAAUGUGAGAUGUAAAUGCACAAUAUUAUUUAACAGAAUGUGCAAUAACCUACAAGCUAGCAAAGUCAGUUGUCAAUACAUGCCGUAGAAGACAGUAGCAGAUAUUGCAAAAAUUAGGUAGUUAAAAGUGGAAAACUUCAUCCAACUACAUCUGAUGAAUUUCAGAUGUUAUUUGUACAUCCCAUUUUUUGCAGAAUACUGUUUUGUACCUUAAGUAAGCAUAUAUUGCGUUUCUUAACCCAACAGCUUGUUAUCACCUUUCAGAAUCAAGAAUGGGCAAAAGAAAGAAACUGUUUGUAUGUGUAACUAAACAGCUGGUUUGUUCAUAUUCCACAAUUCAUUCUGUUUAUAUUGUUUUAUCAGAGAUCUUAUGUUACACAGUCUAAGAUGGAGUCUUCAGAGUGUGUAAAUAAAUGUAAGUCUCAGCUCGCUGUUGUAAUGUCUGCAUGUAACACUAUUCAUAGUACAGCAUAUCUUUGAAAAUGGUUUUUAACAAAAAUGGUAUAAUACAAUAAAAUUAUGGAUCAACAAAUCCACUCAUAAUAAAAUGACAUCAGAAUCUCAAUGUAAACUACUGCUGUGUAAAUACGUGAAAACAGUAUUUUACCACUUCCAAACUAUGUAUAAUAUUAUUGACAAAAACAGGUAGAACUGAUCAUUUUAAUCCGCAUUCCUUUGUUAUUUCAAAAAGGAGACUUUCAAAUAUACCAGAAGUUACAGAGAUUCACUUUAGAUGUACUAUUUUUAUCAAAUUCUGCAAUCUUGGUACUCUGUUGUUUUAAAUCCACAACUAAUAUAUACAGACUGCUUUAUACAAGUUGACUGAUAAUAAUGGAAAAUAUGCAUUGUACAGGUUUUGUUACUGAAUUCACAUUUUUCAGACAUAUUGAAUCUAGUUUUAGGAAUUACAUGAAGUGUUCCAGAGUUUUAAACAUGUAAGGUUAAUAUUUUGCAGAAGUGUUUCUCAGGUCAUCAGUCCUCAACAGUUUGUCGUAUUAUGAAAUCUAUGGCUCUUAUUCCAAUCACUUGGCUCUCAUUAUUGCUCAUUAUUGUUAUUAUCAUGCAAUACAUAUUUUUGUAUAGUUUAAGAUUUAGUCUUAAAAAUACAUUCCAGUGGCAGCUUGCCUAAAAGUUUGAAUUAGUUUUAUAAUUGUAAACUUGGUGUGUGGCUCUUGUAUAAAGUACAAUCAAAUUCGAAUUUGUAUGGUGUAAGGCAUUAAUUUGCUGUAAUUGUGCAAUAUAAAUGUAUUAUAAAAAGGUUAAAAUAUAAUUUGUCAUUUGAAGAACUAUAAAUGUGUUAUAAGAAGGUUAAAACAUAGUUUCUCUUUUGAAAAAUGUGUAAUGUUGAAUUGUUAAUAAAAUAAGUGCAUUGAA